AUUUGGGAUGUACGCAUCAUUUAUCUCGGUGCAAAACUGCAAACAAAAGGCUAAAAGAAAAAUAUAUCCGAAAAUAAAAGUUCACGAUUACAAGGGUAUUGCCAUUGAAAUCCUACUUGAUUAGACCCUAACCGAACCUAGGCCUUUACGAUUCACAUCUGAACAAAUGAGAAAUAGGCAAUUUAAUUAUUCAUAAAAAGGAGUAUUUUAUUUAUGGAUGUUUCCAUAACAACAAUCAAUAAUAGAUUUAGAAGUCAAAUAUUUUUGUCGCAUAAAGGACAAAACAAGUGAAUUUUAAAUUAAUAUUUUGAACAACCAAUAUUUUUAUUGUUGUGUGGCAUAAUUUUUCUUUGCAUCUAAUAACUAAUAACUAUUGAGUAAAAAUGGUAGAAAAGGAUGCACAGCUUGCUGCUUUAGAUAUAGGAGAAUUAGAUAUGUACGUUCAAACGAUGGAACAUUGGCGAAUAGAAUCCAUUGGAAACCAAGCGUGGCUUGAUUGGCAUAUUCGGCUACAAAAAAUGAAUCAGCAAGCCGUAUUAGAAGCUUCUUCUAUGCAGGAAGAAUUAACUAAAGAAACAUUAAUAUCGUAUGGAAAGUUGCCUAUUUUAGUCAAAGAAGCAAUAUGUAUUCAAGUGUGGCGAUUGAAAAUCUACCCGCAAAUUAUGAAAUUGGAACCGGCACCUGCCAAUACUUUUGGUUUUUACAUGGUGCUGUACCACGAAGCGGCUGUCGUAGGACUUCUUGAAACUGUGUUAUUUCACGAGGACGGCGCUCAGUGUAUCAGUGAAGUGAUCAUUGAUUUGCUUCAUUACGCUGUAGAUCAACUGACAGCUCUUGUGGCCCUUAUCAACAAUGGUUAUUUAAAACCAUUAUCUACUAAAGAACUAGACUGUGAAACAGCAGCCGAUGAACUGGAACGACAAAAGAAGGAUCUUCAAUUUGAUAUAAGUAUGAGAUGCAUCUCUAUCAUACGCUAUCUAGUUGAGCACAUGGAGGUCGUUGGAGUAGGUGCUUCAAUAUCAAGCAAUGUGUAUAAAACAUACGACGUACCAUCUAUUCUAUGCCAUCUUUUACAAUUAGAACCAUGGAGAAGAGUUGACGAUAAAGGAGAACUUCAAAUAUUUACAUUUGGUCGAUGGUCAAAGCCGUCCGAGGAGGAUUACAUACAACUACAUCGCAGUGAAGCACAACUCUGGCUAUGUCUUCGACAACUUCUGCUGGAACCUCGACUUCCUCAUCAUUAUACUAUUGACGAGUGUCGUCGAGCAGCAUUCUGUUCGCUGCAAGCGAAGAUAACAGACACCGUAUUGGAUCAAAUACCGCCGUUGGGUGAUCUCAAAAUGUUCCUUUGUCGCCUAGCCGUAGGCGAUUAUUCUAGCGUUCACACCCGUACAAAUGGUGUCAAGAAUCCAGGAUGUACUCUCAUCGAAAUUGUACCUCAAAUAAAACAAGCAUAUUUGAAGGAAGUCCACAAACGCACAAAAUCAAUAGCGAAAAAUCAAUUGGAUCAUUUCCAAUUGGAUGGGUCUGAAGCAUCUAGAAACUUGGCAAAAAAGCUUCUAGAGUCAUAUACCAGUGAUGCUGCUCUAGCACUUGACAGCGGUGGUGCAAAAUGUGCCAAGUGUGGUGACAAAGCAAGCAAAAAAUGUUCGAGAUGCAAGUCUGAAUGGUACUGUGGCAGAGAAUGUCAGGUGCAGCAAUGGCCCAAACAUAAAGACAUCUGUGACCAGUUUGCAAAAUUAUGCAUGUGAAUUUUUGAAGUACAUGCGAAUAAGUUUAUAUUUAAUCAGUAAUAUUAGGCUCGAGUCUCUUAGCUAUCUAAUGUGUAUUUUUUCAUGCUUCUCUGUAUUGGAUGUAUUAUGUGUUAUUAUUACUAAAUAAUAAAACAAUGCAUGAUU